AUGAAAAUCCCCUCAAUUGUUCGUUCACUCUAUGCUCCCCCACUUCACCUACGAAAAAACUCACAUUUCGUUAAAUGUAGACCGUUUCUCGACGCUCUACUCCGGCCAUUUUCUACUGCUUUGUCCGAAAGCGAAGGCUUGAAGGAAUUCACGGAAUACAUGGAUAACCUCAAGAAUUACGAAAGAAUCGGCGUUCCCAGAGGAGCAGGUACCGAUUCUGGCGGUGGGUUCGAUUUGGGUAGGAUGGGUCGGUUGUUGCACUGUUUGGGCAACCCUCAAACCAAGUUCAAGGCUUUUCAUAUUGCUGGCACAAAAGGGAAAGGAUCGACAGCUGCAUUUCUGUCGAGCAUUUUGCGUUCAGAAGGAUAUUAUGUUGGUUGCUAUACUAGUCCACAUAUACGAACGAUUAGAGAGCGUAUACUACUGGGACGAGAUGGAGAGCCAGUAUCAGUGAAGGCGUUAAGUUCUCAUUUCCACAAAAUAAAGGAAGAUCUUGAAGCAGCAGUAAGGCAUGAAAAGGGGCAUCUCAGUCAUUUCGAGGUUUUCACCGCACUAGCAUUCAGCCUAUUUGCAGAAGAGAAAGUACAGUUUGUGGUCAUUGAGGCUGGAUUAGGUGGCGCUCGGGAUGCAACAAAUGUACUCACCUGCUCUGAACUGGUGGUAUCAGUUAUUACAAAUAUAGGGGCCGAGCAUCUAGCUGCACUGGGCGGCUCCUUGGAGAGUGUGGCAGUUGCUAAAUCAGGAAUUAUCAAAGAACGGCGUCCACUGAUUUUAGGUGGCCCAUUCCUACCUCACAUUGAGCGCAUAAUCCGUGAUAAGGCAUUGUCCAUGAGUGCACCAGUAGUAUCAACAUCUGAUCCUGGCAAUAGAAGUGUCAUCAAAGGCUUUUGUAGAGCACACGAGAUGCCUCGUCAGUUAUGCGACAUCUUGCUCCUUAUUGAGAGGGACAUCCAUAUGUUCAUUGAAUUGUUUGAUGUUCGAUUACGCAUGCUCGGGUCACACCAGCUUCAGAAUGCUUCCACUGCUACUUGUGCAGCACUUUUCCUUCGUGAUCAAGGUUGGAAUUUGUCAGAUGCAUCCAUUCAUGCUGGUUUAGAAUCCGCAAUUUUGCUUGGUAGAAGCCAAUUCUUAACAUAUAAGGAAGCUAAGAUGCUCGGACUUCCUGGGGCAAAUAUACUUCUGGAUGGAGCCCAUACCAAGGAAUCUGCACAGGCUUUGAUGAACAUGAUUAAGAUGGCCUUUCCAGAUAUGAGAUUGGUUCUUGUGGUUGCUAUGGCGAAUGACAAAGACCAUUUAGGCUUUGCCAGAGAGAUACUUUCAGCUGGAUGCUUGGAGGCCUUAUGUUUUACGGAAGUCGAUAUUGCUGGAGACAGGUCUCGCACAACUUCAUCGACUUUGUUAAAAGAUUUGUGUGUACAAGCAUGCCAAGAGACGGGUAUUGAUUUUAUCGACUGCCAAACUUCAAAGCAUGAACCCGCUGAAGCCCAACACAGCCGAUGUGCACGAAAAAACGGAAACCGACCCAUUUUAUUUGUUGAAAACUCAUUGAUGGGUUCACUUAGAUUUGGAAAUAAAAUUCUUGCUGCAAAAACUGGAAGUCAACAUGGGAUGAUUGUGGUCACUGGAUCGUUGCACAUUGUCUCAGCUGUUUUAGAGCCCCACCCCGCCUCUCAACCCAUAGACCAGCCAAUAUCUCCUCUUACCACCUGCACCAGAGUGAGAAGAACCCCAAACGGGGUUAUGCCGGAAAAAAAUGGGACCGCCCGAAAGCCCUCCAAUCGCACCAAAUUAUACAGAGACAGGAAAACAGAUGCCGACGAGUUUCAGCACACCGCGGCAACAUCAGAGGUCCGGGAUUACAGAGGAGGGGCGGUGUCGAACGCGACCACCGACAGGCGCCGCACCGCCACCGAGGAAGGCGACGCGAACUAG